GGACUGUAUUCUUACCGCAUUCGCGUGGCGGUGGUCUUGGGUCACUCGCGUUAUAAAGUCACAUACUCGAGCUCAGGGAGCAACUACAUAAGUCGUGAUCAAGAAUGCGAGUGUCCUAGAGGAGGCAUUGAUCGAAUAAGGUCAACAUGAUUUAGCUCUGAACAUCUAAAUUCCUCUCUACACUUUACAGUUAUGGAUCCUGCCCCAGAUGCAUCGUCGGCGACCAGCAGCCAAGUGCUGAGCGACAAAUCGUCCCCCGCCCUCUCCGACAACGAGUCCUCCGAUAGCUCGGUUGACAAUUCAUCACAAUCGAACACCAUGUCGAAGAUGUCUGGAAGCCCAAUCAACAAUGUACCAGACCCAGAGUUCUCUGAGAAGGACACUAUCACCCUUAUGUCAACCAGGAUUCUGGAAAUCAUCUUUGACUAUGCUCUAAACAAAUUCGACGACUGUCGAGACCGACUCGAGGCCGGAAGACCCAGGUUCAUAGAAGUGCUUAAUGAAUUUGUAAGAGCAGGAGCCCAGAUCGAUAUGGCUCUUCCAGCAUUUCCCUUCAAAUCAGCCAACAAAGUCUACAAAGCUCUGGGUUUUCUGCCCGACAAGGCUGAGGAGAUCGCCCUGGCACGGUUACACAACAUGUGCAGACGCAUUGAGGAGAUUUACGAACCAGGUGCCAAAGUUGUCAUCAUCUCGGAUGGGCUUGUCUAUAAUGACUUAUUAAGCAUAUCUGACAGACAUACCUGGCUGUACGGACUGGCUCUGCGAGCAAUGGCUGUUGAAAAAGGAUUCACCAACAUUGGGUUCUCCAGGCUCCGAGACUUUGUUUCUUCCGAUUCAGAUUUCAAACUGCCAGAAUCGUUGGACGAGAUCUCUUAUGUCGCCAACGCCACGAACUUUCGUCGAUUCAUCCUCAACAAAUUUGGUAAAGAUGACUUGGACGUUGAUCACCUCAUUGCUGUUGAUGAAGAUACCCGUCUAACGUAUCAGGGAUAUCGAAGAUUCUUGAUGUCAGAUUUGAGGCACAUUUUCACCCUUGGAGCAGAUCGGACCAGUAAUGCGUACAAAAGGGAGACGAAAUAUCUGGCCAAGCAGAUGCUUGUUCGAGGAUAUGCUUUUGCGGGAGCAAUCAAGCACAACUUCCCGCAUCAUUUGCGGCUCUCUAUCCACCAGUCUACCGGGGAGCACAAGGUUUCGAUGAGCUUGCUGAACACCAAGACUGGAUUCACGACUCCUUGGCAUUGUAGUGUCGCUCUGAUGGCCGAUGGAGAAUGGAUGAGCGCUCCGAUGGGUGAUUUCAAGGAGAAUCCCAGGAUGAAGAUCGUUGACGAGAAUGGUCGCCCAAGCUACUUCCGAGAAAUGACAGAGGAAGAAUUUCUAGAAGAUCGAAGACAAGCAGAAGAAGCAGCACGGCUUAUUGAGAAGCCAGUUGUGAAAGAGCUCCAGAAGCCAGAGAGAAAUGAAAACUUUGUUCAGUGGGAAGGGGUGACUUGUGAUGUCAAGAAUGGCGGCAAGACGAAACGACUUCUGGAUCAAGUAGACGGAUGGCUUAGGGGCGGAACGUUGACGGCAUUGAUGGGGGUCAGCGGCGCUGGCAAGACUAUACUGCUCGAUGUAUUGGCCAAUAGGUCGAAUUCAGGUGUCGUCCACGGUGAGAUCUUGGUGAAUGGCCAGCCUCGGAACAUGGCAUCCAAGAGUCUAUCAGCAACGGUCUAUCAGCAAGAUCUGCAGUUUUCUACUGCGACGGUCAAGGAGGCAUUAAUCUUUAGUGCUCUUUUGAGGCAACCAAAGACGAACCCUUGCGUCGAGAAGAUUGCCUAUGCUGAAGAAGUACUGAACCUCAUCGGUAUGGAAGCACUUGCCGAUACAAUUAUCGGAGCAUCCGGAGAGUAUCUGAACAGCGAACAGAGAAAGCGGUUGUCAAUUGGAGUUGAGCUUGCUGCCAAACCCACUACCCUGCUCUUGCUCGACCAACCACUUGCAGGGCUCGACAGUCAAGCUGCUUUCUCCAUAUGUCAGCUUCUGCGCCAACUUGCACAAAAUGGCCUGUCUAUCCUUUGCGUCGUCAAUCAGCCUUCUGCACGACUUCUCCAGACAUUUGAUCGACUACUCCUGCUUGGCAAAGGAGGGAGGCAGCUGUAUUUUGGUAAGAUCGGUCUUUCUUGCAAGACCAUGAUUAGCUAUUUUGAGCGGAACGGAGCCAGGCCAUGCAAUGCAGAUGAGAACCCUGCAGAAUGGAUGCUUGAUGUCACUUCCUCAACCGAAAACUCCAACGAAUCACAAGACUCAUCAGAGAUUUGGAAAAACUCUCCAGAGUGCAAGGCGAUGAAGAGCAAGCUUGCUCAGCUGAGGAAAAAGUUCUCAGCAGGAACGGAUCUGCUCGACGGCUCUGACACUUCAGAUGCGGUUCAGCAGUCAACGCCAGGGUUUGAUGCAAUGGCCUUGCAGCGCGCUUUCUACAAAUACCAUUGCUUGGAAAACAUGCAACUGCGGGCUGCGUCUCCUACAGAUCCCGUCGUAUCUUGGCUCACAAAUGGGGCUGUUUUACAUCCACCAGCCUAUCUUUCAUGAAGAGAAAGAAGACAGAGAUAUCGUUCUGAUGUCAGUUCGUUCCUUACGCUUCUAUCAACUUGAACACGUGAAAAAAUUGUUAGGGAGUGAGGCGUUUAAAUGGAUUUGACGGUUUAAUGUGAUGAAUUGGUGGGGUUGAGGUUUGAUUUUUAACGCAGUGCAGGUAGACUACAGCAGACGAUUAAAGGGUAAAGCAAUAAUACUUAACUAAGAAAAUUUUCCUGCACCUUUAUACACUCUAUAUAGUAUUAAAUUAACCUAUAGAUCACUUCUAUAGCUUAAUAUAAG